UGCAAAAUGACAAUUACUAUCAAUUUUAUCAAAAUUAAUUUUUGAAUCAUGUGAUUAUUUUUUGUUAAAAAUUUGGCGACGUUAUAUUUCUUAUCCUUUAGAAAAGCUAUGGUUAAAUUUAAUACUGUGAAUAUAUUAGAUAAAAAAGAUGAGUUCAAGUUAUAAAAAACACCGACCUAAAUCGGCAACAUCACAUCCUCCUAAAUGUCAUCCUACAUACGUCGUAGCAUUCUGUUUAAAUGAAAACGAAGAUACAAUGAAAGCAGUAAAUGAUGACAAAUUCCCUGACGCGACCAUAACUAAUUCAACGGUGGUAUCAACUGCUAAAGAUUCAACAAAUAAUACUAUAAGUAGCAUAACUUCUAUUUUGAAUGAAAUAAUUGACAAUAUGACUGUUAGCAACGACGAUGGCAAAAUAAAACAGUCGGUAACCGAAUACGCUUUUGAGAAAAUCAUUGAAGAAAAUCACAAAUCAAACUUUUUAUUUAACAGUAACUUCGGAUUAGGGGAUGUUAGUUCAUCGAAUACAACAAAAAAUAUUCCCAAUCCAGCAACGGACUACAGUAAAUCGUAUCUUUCUAAUAUUCAUGAUGAAAAUGAAAAUAGUGAAACGACACUUGUAGGUUCUGUAUUUUCUGGCUUUUCGAGUAGUAAUGAUGAACGUUUACACAAUACUGGAUCAAGUAUAAACAAGACUGACGAUUCCAUGUUCUCUUUGACAUCACGCUCUCAAUAUUAUUCGAGUACCGAUGAAAAGUUAGAAGAUUCUUCUGAAAAACCUAGUCCAAUUUCCAAUACCAUACCUACGACCAGCGAUGUAGGGUAUGUAAUAGACACAAAUCACGUAAUAAUAGCAGAUGACAUGCGUAAGCUAUAUCCAUUAAAAAGUAAAGGCGAUGGUCAGCAGUUUAUGGAUAAGUUUACUGAAAACUUAAUUAAGAAGACCUUUGACAUAAGUGAGAAUUUUCAAAAGAACGUGAACGUCACUUUACCAAAUGAGUCUACUAUUCAAGAAAUACUGACACAGAGAGAAAAUGUACAAAAAUUAUCGUGUUCCGAAGAGUCGAGAAAUUUUCAGCCAUUUCCUGAUAUGUGGGAGAAAAUAUCUGUAACACUUGAUUUAGCUAUAAAAAAAUUAGAGCAAUCAUUGAGUGACAAGAUACUAAAUGAAUUGAAAACGACGUUGCAUAAAAUAGAGCAUUUUGCUAACCAAAUUUCACUUCAGAAACCAAACCAAUCUGGCGAUGUUGAUGCUAUCGAGAAAGCAGAAUCAAACAAUGAUGAAGGCAUGCAAUGUAAUAUUAUACAAAGCUAUGUGAUAGACAAUCUAAUGAUCAAACUGAGCGAAGAAGGACAAUCAGAAGGGAGUGCUAGAACUAAGAUCCUAAAAGUAAAACAUCCAAAAAUCUUAGCCGACACUUUUGAAGUUCUUAAAGCGUACAGUAAGCCCGUUUCUAUACCAACUGGUGAAGGUGAUUCUUUGAGGGUGUCGUCUGGAGAAUCUGAAAUAUCUACGCAAUCUCGAAGGCGGUUACUUUUUCGUGGCCCUAUGAGAUUUUUCAGAGAAAAUAGCAUUGUCCUUGGCAGUGUUCCAGCAUUUUUUGUUUAUAUGUUGGUAAUUUACGGUUUCGUUAUGUUGGUUGUAAGAGUUUAA